GACUAAGGGGCAAAUCAAAAUCAAUAUUUGACUGGCCGAUAUCAUAACCGCAUUCUUUCAAAGAUCGAUUAGGGUUAAUGGCAAGGUUAACUCCAAGCUUGCGAUGUGUCUGGAUCAAAUCAAAAGUUAUCCGUAUUCAUUAUGUUGAUUAACAGAUUUGGUUUGAUUUUUGUAUAUUGUUUUGAAUCCAAAUGCGCCAAAACUCCGCCUUAACUUUUACCAGCACACUAUUGUUACAGCGAAAAAUACCGGCACAAUCCAGCAACACGUGUACCACGUUAAUAGCAAAUUUUAUACACUUGAAGAAGAAGAUGAAAACGAGAAAAGGAGGAGAAAUGAGAGAGAAAACUAAAAUUUGCAAUCCACAACAAUUUGAAAGCGAAAGUGUUGGGGAUCGCGUGAUAACAAGGUCAUCAUACCCAGCCGGAAAAAAGAAACCAAAAUAUUGGGAUUCAUUCAGAGGUGAAGAGUCACGAGACUUCUGUCAAGACAGUCAUUUUUACAUCCGCUACUUGGAACCCUGUCAUGCAGUGACGUUUCAUUAAUGCGCCGGAGAUUGAGGUCAUGUUGAGUAGUUCGGUCCAUCUGUUUUGAGAUUCUCUCAUCUUUUGUCGGCACUAGGAACCUAAGGAACAGGAAAACACGCUUUGCUCAGUUUUUACUGAUUUAUAUGCCAGACUUCAGCACUGUUUGCUGAAGCCACAUAAACUCGGUGCUUUUUAUUAAUAUGCAGAUUCACGAGCAAACAAAUACAAUCCUAAAAUAAAGGUUAUAUAUACAUACACUGGAAAAAAUUGAAAUCAUUUACAUCAAAUUUACAACCUUUAAAGCGCGCUAUUUUUUCCGCAUACAUAAGCAAAAGCUAGUGAUAUUUCGAACUAAAUUCCAGCAUUAUACCCCUUACAUUAUAUAGAUAUAUAUUGAAGGCCGUAUACAGAUGCAAACUUCGCAGAAUGAGUACUGAAUCGUUACCUCAGGCUGUGACCGUAGUAAGCAAAUAUAACCUUUGUUGAAAUUGUGGUUAAUGAUUAUUGACUUGGUAACAUAUUACAGGGCUUCUGGUGGGCGGGCAAAUCAAUAACAGUCAGUUCCCGAGACAUAAUAAUAAUAGUAACAAUAGACUACAGCAAAGCGCUGAUACUUUUCCAGCAAGGUAAUCAACAUGGCGGCUCGUCCUGUUCUCGUAGUUCUUGUGGUUUGUCUAAGUAUGGUUUACGCCAAGCAGUGUAAAAAAUUGGACAAUUGUCGAUGUGAGAUGGAUGAUGGUAGUGGAAUCAUUGAUUUGAAUGACAUUGAUAACAAGGACGGCACUCCAAGGUUUACAGGGAUUAAAGACACCAAGGUGAAUAAUUUCACGUACAGUUUCAACCCGUGCACUCCACUCAAGAACCAAUCAAAUGACUGCAAUGACACCAAUUUGUGCCUAAAAGUUAGGAUGGAUGUUUCAUCUGACAUCGUUCUGUACUUCCCUUGUGGAGCAGCUUAUCCAAUGUUUACAGUUGAUAACAACAGCAAUGUUGUCCUGAAGUACGCAGAAAAUACCCACCUACACUAUACAAGAUCAGCAGAGAUAACAUUGGUAUGUGAUUCUAGUAAUGGGCAAGGAACUAUUAGCCCUGUCAGUCAAUAUAAACCGCCGUAUAGCAAGUCUCCCAGUAGCAUAUACAGAGCAAUAUUACGAGCCAAGAGCGCAUGCCCAUCAACAUCGUCGUCAUCUGGUGGUCUCAGCAUUGGUAGUAUUCUAUUAAUCAUAUUCUUUGUUUUGUUGCUGCUGUAUGUCGUCAUAGGCAUCAUUAUCAACGUUAAAGUCAGAAACAAGCAAUCUUUACCUGAAGCUUGUCCCAAUUAUGAAUUCUGGGCAGSCUUUCCUUCUCUGGUCAAGGAUGGGUGUUUAUUCACGGUGUUCACGCUGAAACGCUGUUUUAUGUGUGCUAAGAGGGAAUCCUACGUUGAAAUUGCAAAUGAAAAUCGGCCUUUAAAUCAAGCGUCAAUCAUCUAACGUGCUGUUUAUGGUCAAUUUCUGAUCAAAAUCUCAUUUACAUGAUCACGAUCUUAUUGCUACAGGACAGUUCUCAUUUACAACACCAUUGAAAGUUCACUCCCAGUUUAGCGAAAAACAAAAUGACCGAUGAGUGUUUUUUUACUUUUCAGCAUUAUUACAAAAAAAGUCUUGCAUUUUUGCAAAGAAAACACGAAAACGAAAUGAAGCAAUGCAAACGUUAAUUUAAACGAGCCGGUACCAUCAUGCUUUGCUCGCAUUGCAUAAAGAUACACUUAUGAUCGUCACUUUUACAAAUCACUGCGCCAUCAUGGUAGCCGUGUCUUUUCAUCAAAGCGAGACGACCGUCGAGGGCAAUAAUGAAAACCCUCCUUUAGCACUACAGACAAUUAAUCACAGGUAUCAAUCAUAAAAUUGCUCAGCGGUCAUUCUAUUCGAUGCAAAGCACGACUACUUCUCUAGAUAGCGGAAAGAACCGUAAAGUGGACUAAACUUAUGUAUAGAUCAUAGGUUAAUUAUGUAAGUGCCAAGGACAAAAACAAUGUAUCUUUGCAUAGUUUAUUUAUUUUUAAUAUAUAAUAAAUAUUUUUCUAGAAAUAUUUUAUACUCGCAGUAAGAAAAAUAAAGUCUAUAAAUAUA